GAGCCUGGCAUUUAUGACCAUUGUGCGUUCGUUAUUUUUUUUUUAGGCAUAAACAUCACGAAGCCAACUGCCGCUAGCCUUAGCUGGCACUUGAGGGGACACCUCAAUCCUCUCGACGAUGAGCUCGUUCGAGGCACCGAAAGCCGCACGCUCCGGAUCGCGCGUGGCAGCGCUAGGCAAACGUCCGUCGCUCGUGCACCGCAGCUCCGAUCCCGAGUUCAGCGACGCCGAACUCGACGAUGCCGUGGACAUGGGCGAAAACGCCGUGUGGGCCAACCUAGAGGAGCCUAUUUACGCCGAAAAGGACGUGGAGGUCUUCCGACCGACCCAAAAGGACUCAACCUUGCCCGUAUACUACGCGAAAGGUUGGCUGCCAUAUUCAGCCGACACGCUCUUCGAUACGCUCAUGGACGCUCGAUACCGCAAGUCCUGGGACGCUAAUGUGCACCAGGUGCAUGUGGUGGAGCACCAACAUGUCAGCGACGUCAUGUAUUUCGCUCUAAACUUACCGUGGCCGUUAGCCAAUCGCGAUUACGUCUACAGGCGUCGGGUUAAAUUCUACCCGACCCAAAAUGCCUUCGUGGUGUUGUGUCAGGCUGCUCAUCAUGCAGACGCACCGGCCAAUGGGGUCCGUGUGAGAGUGGAAAUGUGUACACUUCGCCUGUGUAUCCGCAGCAUGUCAAGCUCUCAUGAUUCCUGUGACUUCCACCUCGAAUACGAGGAUGAUACCAACUUUAGCAUCCCCAACUACGUGGUGAAUAUGCUGCUACACACCAUGAUGCCAUCGUUUAUGAUGGGGCUACGUAAAGCGUGCAAAGGGUACGCGGACUACAUCAAAUCUUUAGAUGACAAUGGUGUGCAGAGCAUUCCGUCCCAAGUUGUACGCCAACGCAGUGCAGUUCUGGCUGCAGCAGCUGCGUCAGUAACAGGUAGUGUGAGUUCAACUGGUAGUAAGUGUGCGAUCGGUGCUUCUGUUACUGAGGAACGAAAGCCUGUGCGGGCCAGUCCACGACCACGAAGCAGUUUGUUCUUUCUAGCCACAACCAAGAGGAAGCCUGGACUAAUGCGGCUUGAUACUGGCGAGCAUAGCAGUAUAAGCGAGGACUGGGAUGAUGACACGCCUCGUAGUGAACCCCCCACAACUCGAAGUUUACGACCGUCCCCCAUACACCGAUCGAUCUCGACGGAGAUCGGAACCAGCAAUGGAGAUCUUAGAGCUCAUCUCAGCCACUCUUCGUCCGCCAACAGUCUCGACUUCCUGGCUUCGUCGUCGGCAUCCGAGUUUUCUCGAGUUAGGUCUGCUCCACGCAGCGGGGACGGGCCGUCGACGCCACUGGACGACGACUUUUCUAUCCAAUUCCGUAAGAAAAAAGUGGGUCUGCAUUUAGAGACAGAUCUCUACUCCAACAAAGUGCUCGUCGCGUUCUGCGAGAAAGAAAGUGAAGCCGCAAUUUGCGGGGAGCGUAUCGAGCCGGGAUUCCUCGUGACCUCAGUAAAUGGAGUUUCGGUGAGCGAUUUCAACUUUACUGACAUUCUGGGCCAUAUCCAGCGAGCUCCACGGCCUCUUACGUUAGGCUUUACGCACCCAGAUCGCGAGGCCUCACUUCAGUAUCGUCGCUUUAAGGAGCCACAAAACGUCCUGCGAUGCCUUGUUUCUCGCGAUGAAAUCGAUUUGCUUGGAGCUCUACGUCCGCUCGAUGAAGACGCCGCAGUAAGUGCUGUUCUCAAGUGCGACUUUGUCGCGCCAGCUGCUACUGCUUCUGCUAAGGCAACUUUGAGUCCGAAAGGCAGUAGUCCAGCACUAUUGGAGUCUCCGUCGAAGCAGUCUAGUGCCCCCAAACUACAACCUUCCGUAUCUUUGCCUCAGUCUGGAACGGAACGUGUGCUGGUUCCAGCAGGAUACCUGGUCUACGAGAUCAACGACUCGUACGUCUUGGACGUGCCAUUUGCUGAGAUCGCUCACUUACUGCGUCGCAGUGGGGACGUUUGCUUGGUAACGUUCAAAGCGGCGAUGGCGAUUGUGGGCGGACCGAAAAGAAAGAGUAAACACAAGAUCCCAAGACGCCUACCAGGCGUGUUCAGGAAAAAGCGCAGAGCGUCUGAUGCCAGUCUUACAGCUAGCAUGAGCUCGACGUCGUGGGCUAGCGGGAAGAGUUUAUCUCAAGGAAGUUCUGACGAAACAGGCCAACAAACUGAUGCGGACUGUGGCCUGCCGGACUAUUCUUCUGUCAUAAUCACUGCGAGCAAUAUCGAUUGGGUGUGGCAACAAGUACUGCUCUUGAAAGCCACAGAGCGCAUUUUCUCUGCUGCUCUUCUGAUUGACCGACUUGAGGCAUUUCUAGCUGAUACUGGUAACGCUAACAAGACUGUCGCAGCCGCAAAAACGAAGAUACAGCAUGCAAUGCAUGAUGAGCAGGAGAUGAUUGGCCACGUUAAAGAGCGACGUGAUCAAGGUGUGAAAGCACUGAAGGAAUUUAACGAUAAAGAAGGUGACGACGAAUGGCAGUUCGGUCAGACUAUGCUCGGAGUUACCACGUCCUGGAAGCCUGACGAGGACGGCUCUGUAUGGAUCAAGCUGGAAGGUCUCGUUGACGGCGUGGAUAUCUUCAACACUAUCUCAGUUAUCCGCGAGGUGGAUCUCUACAGCGUUUGGACUCCGUUUUGCUCCCAGUCUCUGCUGCUACAGGCUAUGGGUCACGUGGAACUAGCAGCGUAUUUGGCGAUCUCGUCCCCAUUCUUACAGCGUGACGCAAUCAUCCGAGCUUUCGGUAUUAAUGCCGUCUAUGAAAACCGCUGUCUGCUGUUACUAGGAGGCUCUGUGGACGUGUCAACAGUGACGAGCGCUGUUCCGGUCCCCAUGUUACAAGGGUGGAAUGCUGGACGUAUGGAGAUUAAGGGGUUCCGUGCGCUAAUUGAGCCUCUAACACGCAUGCAAGCUCGCACUUGCAUCGUCGCGAACAUCGAUCCGAAAUGUGCGAUUCCAAAGCCCAUGCUGAACUUUGGGAUCAAGAAAAUGGCUGGCAUUCUGCUGUAUCUUAUCCGCAAAGAGGCCGAAAAGAUCGAGAACGACCAAAAGAAAACAGAGACCAGCGCUGCAAACGAACAUAUUCGUCGUAUCACCAGCGACCCAAGCGGCUUCUACACGUGGCUCCGACCCAUCGUCGAUAAGUAUUUCCUUGAUCAAAGCAAUAACAACCUGUCAGAGCCUCUUCCAUUGAACCCUCAGGUUGAGCACACAACUGGUGAUGUGCCUCGCGUUAGUGAUGGUGGAAGCAAGAGCACAAGAACCGGAAGUCCUCGACUUGCCAAGCGACGCAGUUCUACUCGAAUCGCUGCAUUUCAGCGCAACUCUGUCAGUUCUUCGACUGAUGAUACAAGGUCCUCAAUGGAGACACCUUCAGCUUCAGCCAAGUGCUGGAGCGACUACCUGCACGACUUCGCUAUCUGGCCGUAUUUGCUGCUAUUUAUCUUCGCCAAGAUGUCCGCGGAUCUUCCUCUGCUGUUUGCGUGUGUGCUCAAGUUCGUCUUCACCUGUACGUGCACUUGGCUGGCUGUUCCCGGCGCGUUUCCUCGAUCUACGCGACAUUGGAAACGAAUUCGUAACGAAAUGGAACCUCUCCGACAUCAGUGUGUUGUGCUGGCCGCCAUCUGCGACGUCUUGACCUCGUAUGCUCUGCGUAUAUGGGUACGCUGGGUCCAGUGUUACCUGAGUGCAGUGCUGAAAGACUCUUCUAGCUGCUUCUCUCGCUCGCCAACGGAAGUGCGCGAGUCGGAUCAGUUCUCUUUAAUGGUCUUCUGCUUCCUCUACGCCAGCGCCAUUGUCGGCAUGCAGAUAGCAAUCAACUUCUAAAUGCUAAAUACCAAUGUUUAUAAACGCAGCAAAGCU